AUGGACCCGACGGAGGCUAUGCCGUUAGCUUUGCUUGCACGACGUGCCCGGCUUAAAGAAGAGUCCCUUGCGCUUAUGAGGGACGCUGAGAAGAAGCUUCAAGAGCUCGACAAUCUUGAGAAGGAGAGUGAGAAGCUUAAUGAGCAGAUUAAGCGUGAGGGUGCUGCAAAUCGUCAGAAGAAGAGGAAGUACGACCAGUACCUGGCGGAAGAAUGCCUUCCUGGUGGCGCAAAAACGUCAGCGUAUCUACAGUCGCAGCUGGUCUCUGCUGUUUGUAGCAUGAAGGAGACCAUGAAGGAAAACAAGGACAGGCUUGACUGCUACGAACUUUUGAAAACAGACGUCGAGGAACUCAUCGCUGAGGCAUAUGAACACAAAGGACCGAUUCCUGUGCACCUAUUUACUGAGGAACAACUGGAUAUGCUGGCAUGCCUUGAGAGUCGCAUUCAGGCGGACCGGAAGCAACAAAAUACGAGCGUGGUACCCGAGCUCCAGAGGAUCAGCAAGAGCAUCCAGAUGAUGAAGAAGAGCAUGCGAGACCAAGAAUGA